AUGGGGGAUGGCACCCUGAUGCCAGGGGUGCCCUGGAUGAAGAGAGGCCCAGAAGAGACCCCAGUGCCUGGGUCCCAGGGUAACCAGACAGGAGGGCUGGAGCACAAGCCGUUUGGUGAGCGGGCGCACACUGCACAUGGUCAGAUGAUGGGCCGCAUCCCCUGUGACCUCCAGGUGCAGCCAGAUGUGGGUGAUGUGGAGUCUGACCCAGGGGAGCCCCAGGAGUGGGGGUGCCUUCAGCUUUCCCUGGAGUAUGCCCUUGGAAGCUAGGAGACCAGGGUGGGCCUCAAGCAGGUAGCAGACCUCAGGCCCACAGGCCCAGGCAGCCCAGCGGACCCCUAUGCCCGCAUCAGCCUCUCCAGCCUGGCCGGGCACAGGCACGAGAUGAAGGUGGUCCACGGCACGCUCAGCCCUGUGUUCAGUGAGAGCUACUGCUUCCCCGUCCUGCACGCUGAGCUGCAGGUGCCAGUGCUGGGCUAUGAGCACUGGGCCCAGCCCCAGCCGCUGGGUGAGCUCCGCCUGCUGCUGGGCUCUGUGGACCUGCAGCAUGUCUUGGAGCGCUGGCAACAACUGGGGCCACUGGGCACCGCCCAGACUGAGGCCCUCUCACUGCUCCGCUAAGUGCCUGGCUCAGGCUGGCUGACUGUGGUCGUGCUGGAGGCCUGGGGCCUGAGCCCGGGACUGGCAGAGCCCUAUGUGAAGGUCCAGCUCAUUCUGCUCCAGAGAAAGUGGAAGAAGAGAAAGAUGUCUUCCAGGAAGGGCACAGUUGCCCCCUACUUCAACGAGGCCUUCACCUUCCAUGUGCCCUUGAGCCAGAUCCAGAGUGUGGAUCUGGUGCUGGCCGUCUGGGCCCAUGGCCCGCAGUUCCGGGCCGAGCCCAAGGGCAAGGUGCUGCUGGGUGCCCAGGGCUCCAGUCAGCCCCUGCAGCGCUGGGUGGACGUGCUGGCCAGCGCCUAGUGGCCCAUCGCCCUGUGGCCCCGCCUGGGCCUGCCCUUGCCUGGCUCCUGA